AUGAAUCUAACGCCAAUUGCGGAUGUAAAGCAUAAGAAGAAUAGCGGUGUACAUCAGUACGUGGUUGACUACCCUCGGUAUUGUGAUUUGUGUAACCAUGACAUGAAGAAACUAUCUAAUCGUUUUGAAUUUGCACAGCAUUUGCGAGCAUUACACAGUACCAGGGAAGGUGGAUCAUUUAUUUGUCGAUAUGGACCAAAUGGUGUUUGUCAAACACUACCACUAGAAGGUGUUUCUGACCAUGAUUAUGAAGCUCAUAUUCGAAAAUUUCACUCUACUAUUGGUAUGAUUAUACAUUUUAUUUCAGAAGAAAUUGAAUAG